CGAUGUGGACAAGGUGACCAGUGUCUGACGCUGAGAUCGGGGUGGGACAGACGCUGUGUGACGCGUGGCUCCACCAAUAGGAAGCCGGUGCUUAUUCGCACGUUGACACAAUUGGCUUACAAUAAAGACUCUGGGUCCGGGAGGGGGUCACGGUUAUGAUUGGGUGACGGAUUGUGCAUUGGAAGCCAUCAAGCUGGAGCCGUGUAUGUUUGAUUGCAGCCAGCGGCUAUGAACGGCAGACGAUGCAGCAGAAUGGCGCAUCCGCUCUGCGGCCGUGUUUGCGUGCGGGAUUAGACGCUACUUAGCUGUUUGUUGUGCGCGGUGCGGAAGCAGGGCGCGCAGCCUCGUCAGGUGGAUGCGCCCGCAGUGAUCCAGCUCGCCCCUAUGGAUCGCGUCCAUGGAUGUCUUCAAACCCGCUUUGGACGGUAGUUUGAGUCCCAAGGCGCGCGUUUCGUCCUCGGAAGAAGCGGAGGCAAGUGUUUUUCGCUGGCCCGCACCGGAGAAUGGCGUCGGCGCCGCACCGAACGCGGCACCCGCCGCCGCGCAGGGCUUCUGGACGGCGGUGUUCGACUACGAGGCGACUGCGGACGACGAGCUCAGCCUGCGGAGAGGGGACCGGGUGGAGGUCCUGUCCAAGGACUCCCUGGUGUCGGGGGAUGAAGGCUGGUGGACCGGCAUGAUCGCCGACCGGGUCGGCAUAUUCCCGUCCAAUUAUGUGAGCAAAGGAACCGGCAUCCCGGAGGAAACCCGGGACACCUCCGUGCCCCCCCUGCACCUCCUGGAGAUUGAUUUCUCGGAGCUCACCCUGGAGGAGAUCAUCGGCGUGGGCGGCUUCGGGAAGGUGUACCGCGCCGUGUGGCACGGCGCCGAGGUGGCGGUGAAGGCGGCGCGCCGGGACCCGGACGAGGACGCGGAGCAGACCCUGGAGAGCGUGCGGCAGGAGGCCAAGCUCUUCGCCAUGCUCAGCCACCCCAACAUCAUGGCGCUGCUGGGGGUGUGUCUGCAGGAGCCCAACCUGUGCCUGGUGAUGGAGUACGCCCGGGGGGGCCCCCUCAACAGGGCCCUCGCCGGGAAGCGCAUCCCGCCCUGCACGCUGGUGGACUGGGCCGUUCAGAUCGCCCGAGGCAUGCUCUACCUCCACAGCCAGGCCAUCGUUCCCAUUAUCCACCGAGACCUCAAGUCCAGCAACAUCCUGAUCCUCGAGAGGGUUGAGAUGGAGGACCUCAGCAACAAGACCCUGAAGAUCACGGACUUUGGCCUGGCGCGAGAGUGGCACCGCACCACCAAGAUGAGCGCCGCCGGCACCUACGCCUGGAUGGCCCCCGAGGUCAUCCGCUCGUCCACGUUCUCCAAGGGUAGCGACGUGUGGAGUUACGGCGUGCUGCUGUGGGAGCUGCUGACGGGGGAGGUUCCCUUCCGGGGCAUCGACGGGCUGGCGGUGGCGUACGGCGUGGCGAUGAACAAGCUCGCCUUGCCCAUUCCCUCAACUUGUCCUGAGCCCUUUGCACGUCUCAUGGAGGAGUGUUGGAGCUCAGACUCUCAUUCAAGGCCGCAGUUCACAGCUGUUCUGGACCAGCUGACUGCCAUCGAGGAGUCCGGCUUCUUUGAGAUGCCAGCGGAGUCCUUCCACUCCCUGCAGGACGACUGGAAGCUGGAGAUCCAGGAAAUGUUCGACCAGCUGCGGACAAAGGAGAAGGAGCUGCGAUCGUGGGAGGAGGAGCUGACCCGGGCGGCGCUGCAGCAGAAGUGCCAGGAGGAGGCGCUGAGGAGGCGCGAGCAGGAACUCGCCGAGCGCGAGAUCCACAUCCUGGAGCGGGAGCUCAACAUCAUCAUCCACCAGCUCUACCAGGAGAAGCCUCACGUGGAGAGCAGGCAGGGCAAAUUCCGCCGCAACCGCCUUAAACUCAAGGAUGGGAACCGGAUCAGUUUGCCUUCAGAUUUUCAGCACAAAAUCACGGUGCAGGCGUCGCCCUCGCACGACCGGCGCAGGAGUUUGCUCAGCAGCGGGUCCAGUCCUCCGUCCAGUCCGCCCAUGCUGCCCCGCCUGAGAGCCAUCCAACUCACUCCGAGGGAGGGAUGCACGGCCUGGGCCGGCAGGGCGGCUUUCCAGCCGGAGGCGGAGGAGAGCGAGAGGAAGGGGUCCAGGAAGAAGGGCCGGUCUCGCGGGUGCGGCCCGUACAGGGAGCACAGCGCCGACGCCAGCGCGAAGCCUCCCCACGAGGGCAGCAGGCAGCGCUCCUGCAGCGCCCCCAACCUCCGCAGGUCCCCGAGACACAGUCCGGCGGUGCCCGGGGUGCCCAGGCUGGUGGAGAUGGAGAACGAAGACUGCUGCUUCGCUGCUGAGCCGGGAGCGGCUCCCGGCCAGUCCUACCUCUGCAUCCCCUUCCACAAGGAGGGCCACUCGGCGUCUGCGGACAGCGAGGGGGACGAGUACGGCCCCGGCGUCCGGGUGGCGGGGACGCCGCCGUGCAGGAGGAGCCCCGGCGGGGGCCGGCGGUCCGAGCUGGUCCUCCUGGGCUGCGGCGCCGUCCUGGCGGCCGCGGGCCUGGGCCGCGACCUGCUGCGCCUGGCUCCGCCGGAGGGGAGCAUCAGGCCGCGCUGGGAGGGCUUCUUCCACAGAGCCGGGGCCCACAAGCGGGGCACCAGCCCGCCGACCCGCGGGCCGCUCCGGCGCCAGAGCCCGCUCAAGCCCCCGGUGCCCUCGCUGCCGUCCUCCCACACGCUGCUGUCCCUGUCGUCGGCGUCGGACUGCAACUCCACGCGCUCGCUGCUGCGCUCCGACAGCGAGGAGCUGCCGGCGCGUCGGCCCGCCUCCCCCCCCCCUCGCGCGGCCCCCCCUCCAGACCCGGUCAACCCUCUGGUCAACACCCACCUGGAGAGCUUCAAGCGCAACCCCCACCAGUCCCUCACGCCCACGCAUUUGCCCUCCGCGCCCACCUCCCUGCGGAGCCUGCGGCGAACGCCGUCGGACGGCGCCAUUAAGAAGAGCUGCCUUCCCAAUAACCUGGAGCCGCUGCCGGAGAAGUCGGCGCUGGAGAACACAGCAGGUGGCUUCAGAGGUUUUAAAGAAGACCACCCUGAGGUCCCUCGACUCCCUGAUCCAAACGUUAUUUUCCCGCCGACGCCCCGCCGUCGCUGUGCCCCUGAACGCCCCAAGACGCUGGACUUCGUGGCCCGGCCUCGGCCCUCGCCCCGGGCGCGCUCUGAGGUGUUCUGGCCCGACAUGAGGCCGCGGGUGAACGGACAAAGCCUGGGGACCGGCGAGUCGCCCACCCACACCUCCAGCACGGAAACCCCACCCACGGUGGAGUUCGGGAGAGACCCUGCGGUGCUGCCCACCCCCAUGGAGGCUCCCACCCCCUACACUCCCCACAGGAACCAAAACCUGCUGGAUCAGCUGGACGAGGGCCAGUACCGGGACGGAACCGUCCCGCUCUGCAGGCCCGAGCUCAGCUUCCCCAAAGACUCACCUUAUCGCUACAAGCCUGGGUUCUGGUCUUAACUAGGCCCCAUGUGCAACCGCACAACAAGGAGGGGACUGUCCGGCGUCGGAUAGUUGGGUCUGGGUCACAAACAGAAUCUGUUUGCUGCUUUACUCUGUUCUUUUGGGAGCAGUUUCUUAGUCCGUCUAUAAUCGCGUUAAAAAAUUAUCAGAAAGUCAUUCACUGUGAAUAUUUUACCUUUCUGACAUUAAUAAUGGCAAAAAAGUCUCCAAAUUGCAUCACAUAAUGAUUUAAACCAGAUGUGGUUGUUAAUGCAUUUUCCUUCUUUCACCUGUAGCAACCCGGUCAUUUGUUCUUUGAGUGUAAACACACGAAUGGCUUAACAGAAUGACGUUCACAAAGCUUUACAUGCAACGUUUCGUUUGAAGCAUGGGGAGAAGAUUGUGCUUGAUGAAGUGCACUUUUUGAAAGCAUCAUGAAUGUAGAGCUUCAGGUUUUCUUUUUUAAUCCACUGUCUACACAAACACCUGUCGUCACCGGUCACAGCAAUGUUCCAUGGGGGGGGGGGGCUGUUGUAUAACACAAGCACUUCUUUGCAUUAAUAAUCCACAGCCUCAAAGCGAUGCCAAAGUAAUAUUGCCUGACGUUGACUUGAGCUCUGUACAGCAUCUAAUACCAUCAGGACGUCUGAAGCAAUAUUUGGCUGCGACCCUGUCGGAGCAGCUCGUUUGGAUCCGUCGUAGCCGCUCCUGGAGAGACACAAACUCUAAGGCUAAAAGGGGAAUUUUGUAUUUGUAAAGUAACUGGAGGUGGGAUGAGGCCUGGAAAGUAUGUUUUAGGUUAUACAAGCAACAAACUGCAUGAGCACUGAGUGGCACACGGGUGAAACGGGCCCUGGUGCCAUGUGGAAGUUCGUUCCUGGAUGUUGAUAUUUGUACUGAUUCAAUUGUGUUUGUUUUUUUAAUAUAUUUAUUUAUUGCACUUGCCUUGAAUUUUUGCAUUUGAUGUUUUUGCGAGAAGCAUCCAGGGAAUUGUUGAGGCACAGCCGUUUCCUGGCAGCAGCCUCUCAGCAGCUCAGUGUCUCCAAAAUAAUGAUUAAAUGAUGAAUCCGACUCAAGAGUUGGGCCGAAAAUGACGAGUCGGUUCCUUGAUCAUCAUUUAACUGUUUCAGUUAAAAGGCCAAACAUUCCCGAGUUGCAUCUUCUCAGAUGUGAGAAUGUUUAGCAUUAAUUGAGCUUAUUUAUAGCUGUUUUACAUAUUUUUGUUCUUGGACUGUCAGUCGACAAUGAAGCAAAGUUCAAUCACUUGUGUAUGAUGGGCACCAUUCAAUUUCUUUGUAUUUUAUGGGUCAAAUUAUUCAUUGAUUUAUUAAGAAAAGAAUCCAAGGAAUCCACAAUGAAAUGUCUCAUGGUGUGUAGUUGGUCUGCAUGCGAACUUGGUCGUUUCAUUUGCUUUUCCACAUUGGCUUUGAGUUUGAGUCUGGACCCGACUGGGGUCAAAUAUUACCUUCAAAGGGGUUUUGACCUGCGAGUUAGGACGCGUGUUAUUGGCCUGGGCUGCACCCAACGAACCACAGGAUCCCCGUCAGGCUGUGAUCGCGAUGCCUUCAUCACACGUCAAGUGACCUCUCGGCCCGGACGACCGUCCUCUUUGUUGCGUGGAUGCUCCAUCUCUGCAGAAUGUGAUCGUGCUCAGCGUGUUCCAGCGGAGGGUGCUAGUUGAAACCAUCGCUCCCUCUGAGGUGUGGCCAAGGUUCAAGAUAGGACCACGAAUAAGCUGGAGGGUUGAGUAUAACAAUAACGCCGUUGACUUAUAUUUGCUCUGGAACCAAUGGCUGGAGUAAAAUCACAGUGAAGGGUCCAGCUAUCCUUUGUCCGUCUGCCAUAUGAGCCCACAGAGAAUGAUCAGCUCACUGGGCCAAACGGCAGAUGUUGGAUGAUGUCACUGCUCCGACGUGGCCAAGAAGCGUGUAUCAGACUUACAUGCUACUGUACCGUGUCAGGAUGUGUCACCGUCGCCAUGGCGACGGCCGGGAAAGAAAAGGUAUAAAAUCAUUUCAGUCGUC